AUGGACGUUCAAGGUCACUACGAACCGCUACCGAGACGUCUGGGACCAGAUGGCUUCAGGCUUCUCGACCUACAGCCUGGGCAGCCAGGAGAUCCAGUAUCCUGUCGACUUCGCACCGUCCUGCUACCAGACCAUCGUGACAAGACCCGACCUGUGGCUUCUGAGGCUGUGAGCUAUGCCUGGGGACCAGAACAACCUCAGUUUCCCAUCCGCUUGAACGCCCAGCCUCUCUACGUCCGGGAGAAUCUAUGGCGGUUCUUGCGGCAGCGGAGGCAUCCUACCCAGGGUAUUACGCUCUGGAUAGACGCCCUCUGCAUAGACCAGUCUGACCCCGACGAGAGAGCUCGUCAAGUCCAGUUGAUGGACGAGAUCUACAAGGGUGCUGAUCGUGUUCUGGUCUGGCUCGGCGUAGCCGAUGCCGAUAGCCUGACGGCAAUCAAUGUGAUGAAGAUCGUCGCUGAGAGAACUCUGACUGUGGCCAGAGUUACACAUUCAGACCGACAGGCCUCGUAG